CGUAGCCCAGCCCCCGCCCCCCGCCCCCGCCCCCUUUUAAUAAACCUGCAGCUCGGUGUGUGAGACUGAGUGUGAGAUUGGGCGGCGCACGAUGAAUCCCGCUUCCGUCCCCACUCCUCUGCCGCCCCCGGGACAGCAAGUCAUCCAUGUCACCCAGGACCUCGACACCGAUCUAGAAGCGCUCUUCAACUCGGUGAUGAACCCCAAACCGAGCUCUUGGAGGAAGAAGAUCCUGCCCGAGUCCUUCUUCAAGGAGCCGGACUCUGGCUCACACUCCCGUCAGUCCAGCACAGAUUCGUCCGGCAGCCACCCUGCCCGGCUGAGCGGCGGCGGCGGCGGCGGCGGUGGCGGCGGCGUAGUCGCCGGGGGUGCCCAGCACGUUCGAUCACACUCGUCGCCCGCCUCCCUGCAGCUGGGCACCGGGGCCGGGGCGGCUGCCAGCGCGGCGCAGCAGCAUGCGCACCUCCGCCAGCAGUCCUACGAUGUGACGGAUGAGUUGCCCCUGCCUCCGGGCUGGGAGAUGACCUUCACUGCCACCGGCCAGCGAUACUUUCUCAACCACAUAGAAAAAAUCACCACCUGGCAGGACCCUCGGAAGACGAUGACUCAACCUUUGAACCACAUGGCUCUCCAUCCCUCGGCAACUUCGACCCCGAUGCCCCAGAGAUCCAUGGCGAUGUCUCAGCCCAACCUGGUGAUGAACCACCAGCACCAGCAGCAGAUGACAUCCAAUACCACUCUGUCCCAGCAGAACCAUCCAGCCCCAAACCCACAGGCUGGCUUGAUGAGUUUGCCCAAUGCCUUGACCACCCAGCAGCAGCAGCAACAGAAACUAAGGCUUCAGCGAAUCCAAAUGGAAAGAGAAAGAAUCCGAAUGCGCCAGGAGGAACUUAUGAGACAGGAAGCUGCUUUGUGUCGACAACUUCCCAUGGAAUCAGAGACAAUGGCUUCUGUUCAAGCUACUGGGAAUACACCUGCCAUGGCCCAGGAAAUAAGACCAAUAACAAAUAAUAGUUCGGACCCUUUUCUCAAUGGCGGGCCAUACCAUUCCAGGGAACAGAGCACCGACAGUGGUCUCGGCUUAGGAUGCUACAGCAUACCGACGACUCCUGAAGAUUUCCUUGGCAAUGUCGAUGAGAUGGACACAGGGGAAAAUGUAGCCCAGACACCGAUGAAUCUAAAUGCCCAGCAGACCCGUUUCCCCGACUUCCUUGACUGUCUUCCUGGAACAAAUGUUGAUCUUGGGACUCUGGAGUCAGAGGACCUGAUUCCAAUCUUCAAUGAUGUGGAGUCUGUCCUUACCAAAAGCGAGCCCUUUCUGACCUGGCUGUAAUCCGCACUCUUGGCUUUGACCUACCCACUACAUCCUCCAUCACCUUCUUCUCUUUGGAAAAGAGGUGGAGCCCAGAAAGAACUCAAGACUUCCAACGAUCUUUACAUCCACGUGGUCAAUUGAAAUUGUUGUCUGGAUCUGAUUGACAAUAACUUAAGUUUAAAAUAUAAAUAUAAAAGUGUAUAUUUUCACUUUAGUUUUUAAUUGUAUCUGUAUGCUACAGCAUCCUGGCUGAGGCAUGCCUGUAGCCCAGAUUUCAGGGAGAGAGCAUGCAGAAAUUGUGUCCUCUCUUCUUCCUUUUCAUUGGCCCUUGAAGAUGCUUGUGGGUGUUAGUUUAAAUUAUAAGCUGAUAAAUAAGAAAAAAACAAAAAGCAAAGAGUUGGUCACUAGGUUAGAUGUGACAGCUUCAGCCAGCAUCCCUGUACCAGAUUAGACACAAAAGUACAGGACAGUAGCUAUAUUUAUGACAGUAGUAUCAAGUGCUUUACAAAAAUAAAAAAUAAACCUCUAUUUAACUUGAGCUUUAAAGAAAUCAUUGUAUUGUUAGUCAAAUAGUACUGUAUGGAAUGCUGAGUAGCUUUGAAUCCAUGCUGGCUAUGAUAGUAAUAAUUAUUAUUCUAUAUUUUCAGAGGCACAGACAAUACUGUUAUUGUUUAUUCCCCAGUAUAUUACUGUAUGGGUUCCCGAAAAUGAACAAUUCCAGUUUCCAAAGUAGCAGAUUUGUCUAGUAAUCGCUUUAUCCUAAAGAUGCCUGCCGUAAAAGAGACCCUAUCGGUACUAAGCACCACCACUACUAGAAACAUAAGCCAGCGGAAUGGAAAGACAUGCAAUCAUAAUAAAAUGCAACUUAGAUUAUGAUGUUUAUUUUUAUUAAGCACUCACUGUAAUUUUGUAACUGAGUAUAAUUAGCAACAGAAUUUUUUUUGAUACAUCUGUGGCAACUGUUUUUUUUUUUGUUUUUGAUUCUUGGAAAAUAAUCCUAAAAUAUAUCAAGGUGGGAAAGUGUGGCCCAACUUGCCACUUGACAAUAGAAUACCCAGUUGCCUUUUUUUUUGUACGCCUUGUCGGUCUUGUUGCCGGGACAAUAAGGAAUUGAAACAGACAGUAUCAAUGAAACUGCAAUCGGGAAUGACCGAUCACUGAAUGACCUGUAAACAAAUGCCUGCUUUAUGGGGAGGGUACAUGGUGGAGGCAAAUGUUUCUGAAUUCAGUCAGACUAUUCCCUGUCUGCUCAUUCUAUUAUGCAAACUUUACCGCUUGCUCCCAUUGGUAUAAAAGGCUUGAUAUCAUAUAUACUUAAUACCUCUCAUGUAAUCAAGAGAAAUUUCUAAUUGAGAUGUUUAGGACUGAGAGAGCAUAAAGUAUAGCUAGCAUUCAGCUCCCCUAAUAUGCCAAUGAAGUCCUCAAAUGUUUUAAUAUUUUUUGAACCAUCAUUAUUUAUAACCUAUGAAUUUAAUCUGUUUUUUAAAUUUUAACAAAAUUCAUUACUUUUUAAAGGCAUUAUUAUUAAUUCCAGCCUCUGAGCUAGACCCUUCCAGGUCCUAGCAAACACGGGACAUUGAUCACUCAAUUAAGUGUUUAUUUGUUGAGGGUCUGUUAAGUCAGAUUCUUUCUUAUGUAUUAGAAGAUACAAGAAGUACAGAAUAUCUUUUAUCUUGUUGGGAAGAAAGCAGGUGAAAAGGUCAGAGUUCAGGUAGCAAUAUUAUGGAGACAUGUGGAAAGAUGGAAAGCUAGAUUUCUUAGCUGGAUCGCCAUGCAAUCGUGCCCCAGAAGGGAGAAGAGCUUGGGUGCCCAAAUACAAGGUGUCAAGAGCGUUUUAUGAAAACUGUUCUCUACGAUUACUUUUACGCCAAAUGAUUUUUCCAUUUUGUUUUUAAAACAAACAAAAAAACAAACUCCUUUGGUGCACUUUACAUUGGACAGAAAGACAAAAGAAGGAAUGAGAAGGUUGAGGAUAAAACUACUGUUACUUCCAAAACAAUGAAACAUUUUUUUUUCUAAAUAGUAGGGGUUUUUUUUUGCUCCCUUCCAUCCCCUAUAUGUUUGUCUGAUAAUCUUUUCUGCCCGCCUCCCCCUUGUAUCCUCUUUCCCCUUUGCCCAGACCCCAUUCCAUUUCUUCAUUAUUUUCCCUGUCCCACUUUUUCCUUCCUACAUCCAAUGAGGGUGUUGGGAUGAGCAGCUGGAUGGGAAGUUUCUUUCUCCAACAAAUUGAAGGGAGCACUGAUUUUUUUCCCCCUCUUUUGCUGUUGCAAAAGGAGUGGAACAAUCAUUUUGAACAAACAAGGGACCUAACAAGGCUAAGCAGUGUUACUGUAUUUUUUAAAGUUUUUUUUUUCUUUAAGACUUGUUAUCAGGUUAUCAAAUUAAAUCUGAAACAGCCAUCCCUCAUUGCCUUUAAAAAAAAAACAACAUGAUUAGCACAUUAGGGAUUUAUAGAGUCUAUUUUCAGAAAUGAAUUUUCUAGUACGCUAUAGUUUGAAUAAAUAAAUAUAAAGUAAAUUUUUCUUUUUUUUUGUUAGAAAAACUAGUUGAGCAUUUAUUAUUAAGGAAAUUACACUUUCUCCCAGGGUAAAGCAAAGCAUUGAUCAAUACUGUGUUAUCACCUGAAUAAAGUCAAGUAGAUUUUUUUUUUAGUGGCAUGUAAAACAUUGUUUAAAAAAAGAAACCAAGAAAUGAAGAAAGAAAGAAUGAAAGGAAGGAAGGAAGGAAGGAAGGAAGGAAGGGAGGGAGGGAGAGAGAAAAAGGAAGAUAGAUAAAUAGAUACUAAAAUAUGAAAAUUUGAAGGCAAUAACAGCUCUAAAAUACACAGAUUCAGAUGAUUAUAAUCAUGAACCGCCCACCAAAUUAAAUAGAAGGUGCUAUCUUACAAGUUUCCAUUAGAUUAUAAAGCAAUUGCUAGGAUUCUUUUUAGUUUGAAAUGACACUGAUGAGAUAAAGGAAAAUUUGCAACCAAUUUUGGCAUGAGAAAGAUACGGUUUACAAUGUAUUCCUUCUCAUGCUUUUUUCUGAUCUAAAAGGUAUUUGAAUUGAAUUCUUGGACAAAACCUUUAUGUUUGUAAUUUCGUUGAUGCAGUAAUUUUUAGACAGUAUUUCACUGCAUUAUUUAAGGAUGUGAAAUGCCAUUUCUUUUUUUUUUAACUAGUUUUUUUGGGUGUACAGGAUGUAUACAGAGUGAAUAUGCCAAAGUGCCUGGGCACACAGUUGACCCUUGCUGAGUAGGACAGUUCUGCAUCGGUGUUGGUGAUAUGGAACAAGAAUGAAGUUGUGUAUUGUAGCCUUUAUUCUGGUAACACUCUUAGAAUGUAGUUCUCAGAAGAAGCAAGACUCAAUGAUACAAUGCUAUUUGUAAAAGACAUCAUACGUUACUUUUAAGUGGGAAAAAUGGGUGAUUGACAAAGACUGUUUCCUAAUACACUACAUCCAUCUAUGUUCUAGUGCCUUAAUUUUUUAAUUUACUUCUACAUUUUUGUUAUAUGACAUACGUGUGAGUGUUUAUUUUUAAUUUAGAUGGCUAUGCAUACAAAGAUGUAUGCAGAAACCAAUCAGAUCAAACUGUUGUACCCAAAGUUUGGUACUGGUUUUUGUUUUUUUUUCUCUAAUCUUAUACAAGAAAAAUAAAUAUAAUUAAAAUUUCA